GCGCUCCCUUGCCAUUAGGACGUCGCUUCCACUCCUUCCAAAGUCCGAACACGCGAGCCCAACAACGCUGAGAGCUCUGCACGAGCGCGCGUUCUAGCUCUCGCUCUAGCAGUAUGCCCACCAGGCGGCACGGGGGUUUCCGCCUCGGCCGGAAGCUGCUCAGCGUCUGGCGCUGGGCGCUCUGCCACCGUCGGCGACGCCGCGGCCGCGGGUACCUCCGCCUGCAGCCGUUCACGGGAGGCAACGGCUCCCCUGCCACGGCGGCGCUGAGCGCCAAGAAGCAGCAACAGCAGCAGCAGUUCGUGGUGCCACGGGCGACUGAUCCGCCGCGGAUGCUCACGUGGGGCCGGUCGCUGGCGCGGCAUAUGAGGCUCCUGCGCCGGCGGGGCAGCACGAAGCACCGGCUGCUGGAGGACGCCGCGGAGGCGACCACACCCAAGGGGCAGGUGGCGGUGUACGUGGGCGGGGCCGAGCCCGGGGAGUCGAUGCGGUACGUGGUGCCGGUGGUGUACUUCAACCACCCGCUGUUCGGGGAGCUGCUGCGCGAGGCCGAGGAGGAGUUCGGCUUCGAGCACCCCGGCGGCAUCACCAUCCCCUGCGCCACCUCGCGGUUUGAGCGCGCGGCCGCGGAGGCCGCCGCGGGCGGUGGUGGGAAGAAGGUGGUCUGGUGGUAGCACGUGGCCAGGCCACCACCUGGCCGGUGUACAUACACAUGCCCCUUGGCAGGAUCCGAAUCCCAUGGGGCUUGAUCCUUCUCUUAUUUUUUUUUCCUCAAUGGAUUUUGACCUUCCUUUUCUUCCUUACCCUUUCCUUUGUGGCUUGUGCAUGUUCACGAGAGAUGCGAGGAGGCAUAUAGUUAGAUUUAGAGAGAUGAAAGCUAUUUUUGGGUCAGUAUGUUCCCCCAACUUGCAAGUCCAUGUUGGAAACCAUCAAUAUACAUCCUGUGUGAUCUGGUGAUACUCUUCACAACUGACCGGCCCAGUUGUAAUCCUGGCUGGGUGCGAACGUUAUGUUAGUUUGCCCUGAAAAAUGAACAUCUGAACUGAUGAAAUGAUCUUGUUCUUAUCAAUUGUUUUAAGUUCUUGUGCCA